AGUUCAACAUUAAUUGAGGGCAAUCGGAGAGUGUUAUCUCGAAAAAUUGAUGAAUCGCCACUUCAACUGAUUUUAAUCAAUAUUUUUAGGAGGAAAUGAGGGACAAAGAGGGGGAAUUAGCUACUUGUUAUCGGGAGAGCGAACUUUCCAGGGAAUUGAGGGGACGGAGUUGGAGUUUGAGCCACUAGGUGUCGAGCAGUGAAUUUAAUGCGAUUGUGUGGGUGUGGAAUUGUGGAUGAUCAGUGUGGAUGGUUGAAAAAUGGCUGUGCCAUCGUCGUCACUGUCGACGAGGAAUAAAAAACACUUUCUGGGGGUGCCAGCACCACUGGGAUAUGUGGCUGGUGUUGGGAGAGGAGCGACAGGUUUCACCACCCGCUCGGACAUCGGUCCGGCGCGCGACGCCAACGACGUCUCGGACGACCGUCACGCGCCGCCUACAAAGCGCGCCAAGAAGAAAGACGAAGAAGAAGAGGAAGAAGAGGACCUGAACGACUCCAACUACGACGAGUUCUCGGGCUACGGUGGCUCCCUCUUCAGCAAGGACCCCUACGACAAGGACGACGAGGAGGCGGACGCGAUCUACGAGGCGAUCGACAAGCGGAUGGACGAAAAGCGAAAAGAAUACCGCGAGAAGCGUCUCCGAGAGGAGCUCGAGCGCUACCGCCAGGAGCGCCCGAAGAUCCAGCAGCAGUUCUCGGACCUGAAGCGCGAGCUGGUGAACGUCAGCGAGGACGAGUGGAAGAACGUCCCAGAGGUGGGGGACGCGAGGAACCGAAAACAACGAAACCCUCGAGCCGAGAAGUUCACGCCUCUCCCGGACUCCGUGCUGGCGAGGAACCUGGGGGGCGAGUCGACCUCGAGCAUCGACCCGUCGAGCGGCCUGGCCUCGAUGAUGCCGGGGGUGGCGACCCCGGGGAUGCUGACGCCGACCGGCGACCUGGACCUCCGAAAGAUCGGCCAGGCGAGGAACACCCUGAUGAACGUCAAGCUGAACCAAGUCUCUGACUCCGUGGAAGGCCAGACAGUGGUCGAUCCCAAGGGCUACCUGACGGACCUCCAGAGCAUGAUCCCGACGUACGGAGGGGACAUAAACGACAUAAAGAAGGCCAGACUUCUCCUCAAGUCCGUCAGGGAGACGAACCCCAACCACCCGCCGGCCUGGAUAGCCUCAGCCCGCCUAGAAGAGGUCACGGGGAAGGUGCAGGCUGCCAGGAACCUGAUAAUGAAGGGCUGCGAGGUGAACCCGACGUCGGAGGACCUGUGGCUGGAGGCGGCGAGGCUGCAGCCCCCCGACACAGCCAAGGCGGUGAUCGCCCAGUCGGUGCGGCACAUCCCGACGUCCGUGAGGAUCUGGAUAAAGGCGGCGGACCUGGAGGUGGAGACGAAAGCGAAGCGCCGGGUCUACCGGAAAGCCCUGGAGCACAUCCCGAACUCGGUGAGGCUCUGGAAGGCGGCAGUCGAGCUUGAGGAGCCCGAGGACGCAAAGAUCCUGCUGAGCAGAGCUGUUGAGUGCUGCCCCACGAGCGUGGACCUGUGGCUGGCGCUGGCGAGGCUGGAGACCUACGACAACGCGAGGAAGGUGCUGAACAAGGCGAGGGAGAACAUCCCGACGGACAGGCAGAUCUGGACGACAGCUGCCAAGCUCGAGGAGGCGAAUGGCAACAAGCACAUGGUGGAGAAGAUAAUUGACAGGGCGAUCUCCUCGCUGAGCGCCAACGGGGUGGAGAUCAACCGGGAGCACUGGUUCAAGGACGCAAUGGAGACGGAGAAGGCGGGGGCCAUCCACACGUGCCAGGUGAUCGUCAAGGCGAUCAUCGGGUUUGGGGUGGAGGAGGAGGACAGGAAACACACGUGGAUGGAGGACGCCGAGACCUGCGCGCAGCAGGGGGCACUCGAGUGCGCGAGGGCUGUCUACGCUUAUGCGUUGGCGACUUUUCCGAGUAAGAAGUCCAUUUGGCUGAGGGCAGCUUACUUCGAGAAGACGUACGGGACGAGGGAGUCUCUGGAGACGCUGCUGCAGAGGGCUGUCGCCCACUGCCCGAAGAGCGAGGUCCUCUGGCUGAUGGGGGCCAAGUCCAAGUGGCUGGCGAACGACGUGCCAGCUGCCAGGGGCAUUCUCUCCCUCGCUUUCCAGGCGAAUCCCAAUUCCGAGGAGAUCUGGCUGGCCGCUGUCAAGCUCGAGAGCGAGAACUCCGAGUACGAGAGGGCCAGGAGGCUGCUGGCCAAGGCGAGGGCCUCCGCGCCGACACCGAGGGUCAUGAUGAAGAGUGCGAAGCUCGAGUGGGCGCUGGAUAAUCUCGAUGGGGCGAUCAGCCUGCUGAAGGAGGCCCUGAAGACGUUCGAUGGGUUCGAGAAGCUCUGGAUGAUGAAGGGGCAGAUUGAGGAGCAGCAGGGGCAUCUCGACAGGGCUCUUGAGACUUACAAUCAGGGGAUCAAGAAGUGCCCCACUGCCAUUCCUCUGUGGAGGCUGCUGGCUGAUCUUGAGAGGAGGAAUGGCCAUAUUACGAAGGCCAGGUCUGUCUUGGAGAAGGCGCGGCUGAGGAAUCCCAAGAAUCCGGAGCUGUGGCUCGAGGCUGUGAGGAACGAGAUGAUGCCAGGGGGCGUGCGGGAUAUGGCGCACACUCUCAUGGCGAAGGGCCUCCAGGAGUGCCCCAACUCAGGGCUACUGUGGGCCGAGGCGCUCUUCAUGGAGCCCAGGCCUCAGAGGAAGACCAAGAGCGUUGAUGCCCUCAAGAAAUGCGAGCAUGAUCCCCAUGUUCUUCUUGCUGUGUCGAAGCUGUUCUGGUGUGAACACAAGAUCAGCAAGUGUCGGGACUGGUUCAACAGGACUGUCAAGAUUGAUCCGGAUCUGGGGGACUCGUGGGCGUAUUUUUAUAAGUUUGAGUUGUUAAAUGGCAGUGAGGAGCAGCAGGAGGAGGUCAAGAAGAGGUGCAUCGCUGCGGAGCCACAUCAUGGGGAGUACUGGUGUAAAACUUCGAAGAAUAUCAAGAACUGGUGUUUGAGCAUUGAUCAGAUCCUGGUGAUGGCAGCGAAGGAACUGCCGAUACCGAUAUGAGGUCCUCAUUUGGGGUUUCAGAAUCAGUGAAGCUGGUUGGAUUAAUUAUUUAACGAAUUGUAAUAUUUUUUGGUGUAGAGAAAUAAAUGAGAGGGUGGAAUCGUACUUUGGAGUCUAAUAAGGGAAUUUGUAUUUUAUAAUAUUGUUGUGUAUUUGUUCUUUUCCUCCCUCUCAACCACCUUCAUGUA